UUGUUUGCCCCCCCCUCCUCCAGCCCCUCACGUCGCGCUCCGUUUGGGCGACUGUGAGGGAGCCGAGAAGAGGAAGGAGGGCCAAGAUGUCGGCGGGGAACGGAGAGGGCUGGGACGGCAACCGGCAGCGCGGCGCCGGCGGCGGGAAAGGGCCCGCGGCUCAAGCCCCGCGCGGGGGGCUCCUCAACCGCUUCGUCAGGCUCCCGCCGGGCCCGGGCCGAGGCGGCCACAGAGUCCCACCAGCCAGAAGCGGCCACCGUUGUGUGGCAGACAAUGCCAACUUGUACGUGUUCGGCGGAUACAAUCCUGACUAUGAUGAGUCCGGAGGGCCAGAGAAUGAAGACUACCCACUCUUCAGGGAGCUUUGGCGAUACAACUUUGCUACCGGCACUUGGCAUCAAAUGGGCACAGAGGGUUACAUGCCUCGAGAGUUGGCAUCUAUGUCACUUGUGUUGCAUGGGAAUAACCUCUUGGUCUUUGGUGGCACCGGAAUCCCCUUUGGCGAGAGCAAUGGCAAUGACGUCCACGUCUGCAACGUCAAGUACAAGCGCUGGGCCCUCUUCAACUGUCGAGGGAAGAAGCCCAACCGCAUCUAUGGACAGGCGAUGGCGAUCAUAAAUGGCUCCUUGUACGUAUUCGGAGGCACGACAGGAUACAUUUACAGCACAGACCUGCACAAGCUGGACCUUAAUACCAGGGAGUGGACCCAGCUGAAGCCAAACAACAUGCACUGUGACAUGCCGGAGGAAAGAUACAGACAUGAAAUUGCACAUGACGGGCAGAGGAUUUACAUCUUAGGAGGGGGAACUUCUUGGACAGCCUAUUCCUUGGACAAGAUCCACGCCUACAACCUUGAAACAAACACCUGGGAAGAAAUUGCAACAAAGCCUCAUAAGAAAAAAGAUUUCCCGGCGGCCAGGAGAUGUCACAGUUGUGUACAGAUAAAGAAUGAUGUCUUCGUCUGCGGAGGAUACAACGGAGAAGUGAUCCUGGGAGACAUCUGGAAACUGAGCUUGCAGACCUUCCAGUGGGUGAAACUCCCGGCCGUCAUGCCAGAGCCAGUUUAUUUCCACUGUGCUGCAGUGACUCCGGCCGGCUGCAUGUACGUCCACGGAGGCGUGGUGGACAUCCAAAGGAACAAACGGACUGGCUCUCUCUUUAAAAUGUGGCUGGUUGUGCCCAGCCUCUUGGAACUAUCUUGGGAGAAGCUUCUGGGGUUUUUCCCCCACUUAGCAAACCUCACCAGAUCGCAGCUUUUGCACCUUGGACUCACACAGGGACUCAUCGAGCGCUUGAAAUGAGAAAGCACCUGCUCUUCAAACACUACUUUUAAAAAAGCGACUCCUCUCGCCCCUCUCUUUUCUCUCCCUCUCCCCUCUCUCUCUCUCUCUCGCCCCCCUCUCCUUUUCUCUCUCUAUUUAUGAGCACUGCGGAGGACUGCUGCUAGGAGGAUGGGACGACGCCCGACUCCAAAGCCUUACUCGGCAAAUAUACAUCAGAUGCCUUUUUUUUUUCUUCUGUGAAUUUUUAUUUUAAAGUUUAUGGAAGUCAAGCUUUUUUUUGUUUUUAAUUUAUGGAUACCUAUAAAUACAUCAUGAACGAAAGACGCUGUCGCUCAGCUGAUUUGUACUGCUUUUGCUGCAUGCUUUGUAGUCGCAGGAAGGCAAGGCGGACUGCGUGACGGUCUCUCCUAGUUACUGUUCUGUAAGAUGGCCGUAACUUGCAGCAGUUUCAAAAGGGGAAGGCUGGCUGCUCACUCGGGAACCCAUCGUCGUAGCUCUUGCCACAUCCCCUGCCUCUCUAAAAAAAGAAAAGGCCUAAAUGCGAGCUGGCUUUCUCUGAUCUGUCUUCUUACAGAUGCUACAGUUUGGAAAGACGGGCGCCUUCUGUUGUGACUUUCUGAAAUGCGUGUCAUUUAUUGCCUUUUCAUAUUGAACUGCCUAGUCCAAGACUGGCUUACUUCCAUGUGGCUGGCUGGCUUCAGCACAGGAGUUUAUCCUGAAUGGUGGCAGGAAAGGGAUAUAGAGAGCUGCCCAAGUACCAUUUCUGUUAUGCCUGUCAAUGAAGGAGUUAACGGGGAAAGAGAACUGUGAAUAAGCUGAUGCUAUUUUUUCUUUCUCCUGUCGCAAGUGUGUGUAUGUGUGUUUGUGUGCAUGAGAGAGAGUGUAAGUGAAGGAGGAUUUGGAAAUUCAUGCUCUGUGCAAUAGCUGUUAUUAUCUGCUAGUUUUUCUUCCGUAGAUAGGGGGCUUGCCUCUGCUGGCCUCUCCAGUUCCUGCUUCCACCCCCUGCAAGUUGGUUUGUUUAAAAACCCCAUUCUAUGGCCUGUCUUUUUCCACCAAAACAAAAAACCUUCGUAUUAACCGGUCCUUCAUUUGCAGGAAAUGCCAUGUUGUCACCGCUGCGUUUCUGUUCUUCUUCUUUAGCAGAGGCAAAAUGCCUGACAUUUUGCUGUGGACAGUAUUUGCCUUUAAAAAAACCAUGUCUGUGUCUUAACUGUUGUGUUCCAAAUGGCUGCGGAAAUGUCCUGUAGAAUGUAUACCAAAUCAGCCGUCAAACCAAGCGUCACACCUAGCCUGAGAAACUGGCUUUUUAAUUUUAAUUUUUGGGUUUUGUUUUUUUUUUAAAAAAAAACUGCACAUGAACUAUUAUUGGUA